CACCCUACUGACAGACCACCUGUGGCAAUCAUCACCUUUGGCAUCCGAUGGUGACCGGCGAGCUUGCAGCGACGAAAAGAGUCACUCUCACCAGCACUUGCAGCGGCAACUUGCAAUGGCGGAUGGCGAGCAUUGGACGGUCAAGAUCUAAUUUUGGACUAUCACGAGUAAUGAUGGAGAGUCCCAUGAGAGAUUCCUCUUCUGUAGGAACUCCAAAAUGGAUGGCUCCUGAGCUCAUCCACAAUGAACCUUUCACAGAAAAAUGUGAUGAUUUCAGUCUGAGUGUGAUAAGUAGGGCAUGGAAUCUGUUUGUUUUCCAAGUUGCAAAAGGAAACACAGGACCCUCCAACAUUGAUUUGUGUGCAAUGAUUCGGGUAGUCUAUGAAGUUGCUAAUGAGGGAUCGUGGCUAGAAAUUCCUGAAGGUCCCCUGGGUAGGUUGAUUGCAGAUUGUUGGGUAGAACCGAAUGAACGACCAAGCUGUGAAGAGAUUCUCUUGCGCUUGCUCGACUGUGAAUACACACUCUGCUGAUUCAGUUUGUAUUGUAUAGAAAACAGUGUAGAGGUCACAUUGCCUUCAUCAAAUACUGCCAGAGCCACCAUACAUAAAGAUAUGAAUGUCAAGAGAUGGGUACAGAGUGUUUGAAUGAGUUUGACUAUAUUCAAAGUGGGUACCUCCUGAUCUUAUUCUAUACUGAUAGAAUUAUAGAAGGA